AUGGACGUUGAACUUGACGCUUCAAAGCAAUUUACUCCAACUACUACAACAUCAAGUAAUUCUACACCGUUUGACCAAACCGAUAAUAACCCAACUAUCGAUGUAACAAGCAAUAUCCCUACUCGGGACGAGUCAAGAAUGACUUCUCUUGUUCUUGAGGACGAUUUGUCCGAGUUUGAUCAACUUACAUUUUCGGCUGCUGAAGCUUUAAAUUCAAAGUUAACAGAUAUGGACGAUUUUACUUUUAAACGUAAACACCCGAUUCGAUCAGCUGGUAGUCGAUUAUUUUCUCGAUCUGAUGCACCGAAAAACAUGUUGAAUUUUGAGAGUGGAUAUGUUUCUACAAGUCUCAGAAAACAUAAUGACGAGGAAUUUGAUGGGGAUGUAGCAGAUUGGAGAAUGGAGGGUACUGGUAGAAGAGUUGCAUACGAUGACUUUACAACAAUAGAACGCGCGCGACAGAGAAAGUUACACCAGCAAAAAGGUAUACGCGGAAAAUUGAAUAUUUUGUUUGACGCGAUGGAAGGAUGGAUAGUCGUCUUGGCUGUUGGUGUUGCAUCUGGAAUCCUGGCUGCAAUUAUUGACAUCACCUCAGAUUGGCUUAGUGAUUUGAAAGAAGGAUAUUGCGAAACUGCGUUCUACCUAAAUAGAAGAUUUUGUUGUUUGGGUUAUGAUGAUGAACAAAUUGAAUGUAACGAAUGGAUAAAAUGGAAUACCGCCCUUCAAGCAAGGUCUGCAUCUGCUGAAUUUUGGACGAAUUAUUUAUUCUAUAUAAUAUUUUCAACGUUAUUUGCCACAAUAGCUGCUUAUCUGGUUAAAGUGUAUUCACCAUACUCAGCAGGUAGUGGUAUACCAGAAGUAAAAACCAUCCUCGGAGGUUUUGUUAUUCGAAAAUUUCUAGGAUGGUGGACUUUAAUCAUUAAAAGCAUUGGAGUGUGCCUUGUUGUAGCGUCUAGUCUUUGUCUAGGUAAAGAAGGCCCUUUGAUUCAUUUAGCUUGUUGCUGUGGUAAUAUAAUUCCGCGGGUGUUCCCAAAGUUUAGAUAUAAUGAAGCAAAGAAGCGCGAGGUAUUAUCAGCAGCUGCCGCAGCCGGUGUUUCAGUAGCAUUUGGUGCACCGAUUGGUGGCGUUUUGUUUAGCUUAGAGGAAGUAUCAUAUUAUUUCCCAUUUAGAACAAUGUGGAGAAGUUUCUUUUGUGCUAUGGUUGCUGCCGUUUCUCUUGCAUUCAUGAAUCCGUUUAGGACGGGAAAGUUGGUACUUUUCCAGGUUGUUUAUGAUAGGGACUGGCAUGCAUUUGAACUUUUAUUUUUUGCCUUAUUGGGUGUUAUUGGAGGGUUAUAUGGUGCAUUAUUUAUAAGAAUGAACCUUAAAAUCGCAGCUUUUCGUCAAAAUUCAUGGCUGCGUUUCUUUAGUGUUCACGAAGUUGUCUUUGUUUCCGUACUUACUUCAAUAGUGAGUUAUUUAAAUAUAUUCAUGAGAGUUAAUCCAUCCGAGUUGGUUGCUAAUUUAUUUCGUGAAUGCGUUGGAGGAGAUUAUCAUAAUCUCUGCAAUCAUUCAAAUCAUUGGAAGCCGACAUUGUUGCUAUUAAUUGCUUCUGUAUUAAAAUUUUUUCUUACCGCUAUUACAUUUGGAUUAAAAGUUCCUGCUGGUGUAUGGUUACCAUCUAUGGCAAUAGGUGCAUGUUUUGGAAGAGCUGUAGGAUUAGCUGUACAUGCUUGGCAACUUAAUAAUCCUAAUUUUUGGCUUUUCGCUUCAUGUGCACCUGAUGGUCAAUGUAUUACCCCAGGAAUGUAUGCUAUGGUUGGUGCUGCCGCAACCUUUGGAGGAAUUACGCGAAUGACCGUAUCGCUAGUUGUAAUUAUGUUUGAACUUACUGGUGCAUUAACUUAUGUACUGCCCAUUAUGAUCACAGUAAUGAUUAGCAAGUGGGUUGGUGACGCUUUUGAUAAAGAAGGCAUCUAUGAUGGUUGGAUACGUAUGAAUGAAUAUCCUUUUUUGGAUACUAAAGAGGAAUAUGUAUAUAAUACAUCGGCUUCUCAAGUCAUGACUCGAGUUGAAGAUUUGAUGGUAAUAGACACAACGGGUCAUAAUACACUGGAUAGCUUAAAACAGCUAUUGCGUGAUACAGGUUAUAAAGGUUUUCCUGUAGUUAAUAAUAAAGCAAAGAAUAUGAUACUUAAUGGUUAUAUUUCACGUUCAGAGUUGAAAUAUGCAAUUGAUAAAGCAAGGGGAAAACAAGGAAUUUCAUCAUCUAGUUCCUGUUACUUUUCUAGCAACCUUCCUGUACUUGAUUCAUCACCUUUUAUUGAUUUCCAACCAUGGAUGGAUCAAACACCAAUAACCGUGUCACAUAAAUUUCCAAUGGAAAUGGUAAUUGAAUUAUUUAGGAAGAUGGGGCUACGAUAUGUCCUAGUUACAAAGAACGGACAACUUUUGGGAUUAAUUACAAAGAAGGAUGUAUUACGACAUCUUUCAGUAAUGCAUCAUCCAAACUUUUCAGAUAAUGAUGAUUUACAGGACCCUCAAAAUCUCAUGAUGUUACCUGAACGAAGGAUGUCAAGUUUUGUUAAUGAUUUUGGAACCGAUUAA